AUGUCCACCGCACUUACUCCGACUUACAAGGAUGCCAUAGACGCACUGAACACACUUCAAACUAACGCUGCUAUCCUGGAGGCCGUGCGUGCUGCAGGGGUCAAGCUUAAUCCUAAUGCUAUGCUUGAAAUGACCGAUUAUCUACGCAGGGUGGGACUUGAGCCAUCCCAGCUAAACGAUUUAAAUGUCAUACAUAUCACGGGUACCAAAGGGAAGGGAUCUACGAGCGCCUUCACGGACUCGAUAUUGAGAUCAGCCAGGCCAGACUGGAAAACUGGCUUGUAUACUUCUCCUCACCUGGUUGCUGUCCGUGAACGUAUUCGCAUCAAUGGAGAGCCGCUCUCAGAGGAGGACUUUACUCGUUACUUUUUCGAGGUGUGGGAUUUACUCCAGAAGAAUACCAAGUGCGAAACCACCACCACCCCCUUCAUGCCAAACUACUUUCGCUUCCUGACGCUCAUGGCGUUUUACACUUUCAAGCAGCUCAAGGUCAAUGCGACAAUUCUCGAGGUAGGAAUUGGUGGACGCUCCGACAGCACGAACAUGGUCCCCAAGCCAAUUGUCACAGGCGUUACCGCUCUCGGCUAUGACCACACAAGGCUUCUUGGGGACAGGCUCAGUCAAAUUGCAAACCAGAAGGGAGUUCCUGCCCUGACAGUUGAACAACCUGAGGAAGGGAUGUCUGAGCUUCGCGAUUGUGCGGUAGAACAGAGGGCAUCUCAGUUCACAGUUGUCGAAACCCUCCCUUCCACGAUUCAAUUGGGCAUGUUUUUUAGAGCGAACGCUGCACUCGCGGUACAAUUAGUUCACACGUUCCUCAGCAUCACAGAUCAGUCAUACUCUCCCGCGUCAGACCCCAACACCAGGGAGCCAUUGCGGUCCCUUCCUACGUCUUUUCUGGACGGCCUCAGAAAUGCCCAUUGGCCUGGUCGUUGCCAGACAGUACUCGAUCCGAAGCAUGAGGGUUCGAAGUGGUUCCUUGAUGGGGCACACACAAAAGAAAGCCUUGCGUGCUGUCUAGAAUGGUUUGUAAGCCCAGCAGUCGGACUUCCGGAUUCCCCGGCUUCUGACGGGCAUCCAGCCCGAGUGCUUAUCUUCAAUUGCACCAGCGGACGUUCAGGAGAUGAUUUUCUGAACGCCAUCUUGCAAAAGACAGAGGAGCAACUGGCGAAUCAUGGCAGCCCGGAGAAGAAGGAAGAAUUCUUCUCCAAGGUCAUUUUCUGCAGUAAUGUGACCUAUGCUAGCGGCAACUUUAAAGGCGACCUUACCUCCAUGGCAAUGUCUACAACUGAUAAUGACAAUCUCAAAACUCAGAGAGAGAUUGAAGCAGCCUGGAACAAGCUUGUCCCAACUUACUCUGGCACAGUGCAUGUUCUACCGUCCAUCGAGGACGCCGUAGAUGAAGCACGUCAAACGCUGAAUGUUAGCGUGCUGGUCACGGGCAGCUUGCACCUUGUAGGUGGCGUCAUCGAGGUCGCAGGCUUGGCAGACAGAGCUUUGAGCUUGAAAGCAUGA